AUGUCUCAUCUAGCUAGCCGAGCGGAAGACGAUUUUUUUGCGUUUUCAGACGAGCCAAUAGCUCCACCGAAGAAGAAGCGGAAGAAGAAGGAUAAGAGGCCCAAGACGGAGAGCUUGAGUGUUGACAUAGUGGCAGACGAGCCCGAAAAGGGGGUCAAAGAGUUCACCAAGGAGGAGUCCGCAAAAUCUGAGUCUCCCUCGAGCAAGGCACAGUAUGACACAUUGAUAGAGGAACUAGGUCUCCAGGCAGUUGAGGAAAACGUUAGAAAGAGCGCGAGUGUGAAGAUGAGGAAAGUCAAGGCGAUUGAGACAAACAACGAUGAUCAAUUCCUCAAAGAGCUGGACAAGGACAUUGAGCUGACGCAACCCGACGGAGAAUUGGAUGAGAUAUUACAAAAGUAUAGCUCUUCAGAGCAGAUGGUGGCUUUUAACGGAAGACAAAUACCCAUCAAACAGGCAUUGUUCGCUUUGACCGUGGAGGUGGCGUUGGAGGACGACGAGCAAAUCGGAUUUCAUCUUCGUGUUCGUAGUAAUGCACAGUUUAAAACUAUUUUGCGCGAAAUACUCAAACAACUGGAGUUACACAACAGGAAUCUUCCUCCGGGUUGGACAGAAGACAUCGAGUCGCUCGUCUUUUACGUACAGGACCAUGAUAUAAUUUUGACCCAGGAUUUGCGGGUCGGGUCUCUGCUGCUUUCUGGUGCACGGCUGCCCCUAAGCGACGCUGGAGAUGCGUUUGCGAUCACUGCCGUUUUGACUCAAGAAGUCACGGCACGCAGACAAAGAAGAGAGGCAUCGCUAGAGAAACUGGCCCAGUCUCAAGAUCACACAGAAGAUCUGGACGAUGAUGAGCUAAUCAUAACUAUUCUGGACCCCCAGAAAGAUAACGAAAGGACAUCGCUGUCUGCAGAGAAGGGGACCACAGUCAAGGAGCUUCUGGAUAUUUUUUUAGUGCGCAUGAAUUAUCCGGAUAGCUUGAACAUCGAGCUUCAACACGACGGUCUGGUGCUUGAUAAAACAAUUCCAGUGGAUUUCCAGCUGAGAAAUAAUGACAUCGUUGAGGUGGUUUACAACUUGGAAGACUUGGAAUCUUUCGGAGAGCACGAAGUAACCGUAAUUAGCGAUGAGGACGUUAUGGAGUCUGAGCAGUCCGAUUAUUUUUCUAUCAAAUUGAAAGGAAAGGACCAACAAGAGGUCAGGGCUCAGGUGAACCCGAAAACCAAGAUUAGGACGAUUGCAGAAUUUUAUCUCAGCAAGGUAGGCCUAGACCCAAACACCAGGAUCCGGCUAAUUUUCGAUUGCGAGGAACUGGAUUUGAACGCUAAUGUGGAGCAUACCGAGCUAGACGACGGCUACUUAGUGGACGUAGAGUUACUCUAA